AUGUCUCGUGGGCUGCAGCAAUCUGAUGAGCGUCGUAUUACGGCCAAACGACUGCAGUAUAACGCGAACGAGCCAACAUCUGGUGCGAUUGAUCUAAGGAUCUCAUCAUGUACUUCCAUGCAAAAUGAAGGUCUUCACAUCAAUCUUACCCCAGGGGAUUCUUCGAAACCCGCAUUUUCUCCGUAUAUACGUGACUGCCCUGGCCUUGACAAAUGGUUUUCACAAUGCAAGCUUUUAAUAUAA